AUGUCAUCAACACCCAAAACCUACAUGUCCAAUGGACAAGUUCUUGACAGCCCGCCGUUUUGGGUUCGCAUCAACCGCUUUAUCGACAAUGUUUAUCUCUUCUUGGGCCUCUAUUUCGUGAGCCUUUUCUCAUUUGACGCGUAUACUGCGGCGCAGAACUCCAAAUUUAAUAUCAAUCGUUUCGAAAAUCAUCCCAACACCAGGCCUCGCUGGGGAGGUAGUGGUGGAUCUGGCUCUGGGGGUAGUGGCGGCGGCGGACCUGGUGGUGGAUUUGGACCUAGGAGGAUUGGGCGCGUGGAUGAUAUUCGAGGGCCGGAGUGCAAGAGUUUCUUUGUCGUACGCAUUUACAAACAGUUACUUCGAAGACCGUGCGACAGCAAAAUGUCUAUUCCAAGAGACGACGCAGAGUGGGCUGCUCUGAUUUCUACUGUUAAAGACUCGCUUCCGGAGACUUUCCCUGAAUAUAAAACGCCACUGCCGUCAGAAGUUAAUCGCACGAUUGAUCAUACCCAGCUAGCGUUGACUGCAACAGAACAGCAGAUCGACCAACUGUGCGCCGAAGCCCUCAAGUAUCAGUUUGCGACAGUCUGUGUUCGCCUUAACCAUGUCCGUCGUGCCGUGCAGGAACUCAAGGGGAGUUCUGAAGUGAAGGUGGCUUGCGUUGUGGGAUUCCAUGAGGGCAUGUAUGAGACUUCGGAGAAAGAACAAGAAGCUCGGGAUGCGGUAGAGCAGGGAGCCUCCGAGCUGGAUAUGGUCCUCAAAUACCCUCUGCUGAAGGAGGGCAAGUAUACGGAUGUCUACAAGGAUAUAUUAGGAGUGCGGAAAGCGGCUCCGUUACCGACCAAACUCAAGGUCAUCUUGGAGACUUCGCAACUCACUCGUGAGGAGAUUAUAGCGGGGUCGGUCAUUACCGAUUUGGCUGGGGCUGAUUUCAUCAAAACUAGCACGGGCUUCAAUGGACCCGGUGCCAACGUUGACAAUGUGGCUCUCAUGCGAGCCACUGCGGGUGUCGUCGGCAACGGCUGCAAGGUUAAGGCGAGUGGAGGAGUGCGUUCAGCGGAGGAUUGUAUUCGGAUGUUGAAAACAGGGGCCGAGCGUAUUGGCGCGAGUUCGGGGGUGAAGAUUAUGCAGGAGUUGGGAGGAGAGGCCACCAGCGAGCGAGGAGCACAACCCAAGAUCUGCUAUCCAAUGCAAAUUCUCAAUUCCUGGUCCAAUUCACCUUCAUUCCUUCUCCAAACCACCUUUCUUCCCCCUCGAACGCAGCCCAGGAUGCGACGUCCGAACUUCAAGAAACGCAAGACCUCGUGUGAUCAUGGUCAAUCUGAGCACUAUAUUCACUCAGACAAUGUCUUCACGUCCAAGCCCACUGCCACGUUCACACCGACUGGUGGCCGACCUCACACAUUGACUGUCGCUAUCCCAGGUAGCAUUGUAGCUAAUGCUCAUUCCAUGGAGCAAAAGACUCUGUUGGCCGGUAUCAUUGCACGUGCUCUCGCCGUCUUCUGUGUUGAUGAGGUCGUGGUAUUUGAUGACGAUGAGAAUAGUCCGCACGAUGAAUACUACAGCCAAGAAAAUUUCUACGAUUCCCCUCUAGACAAAACAAGUGACGAACUUAACGGCAACGAACCCUCUGCCAAAAGAAAUACCGCAUAUUCGGAUCCUUCACACUUCCUGGCGCAUAUACUUUCGUACCUUGAAACCCCACCAUAUCUCCGCAAACACCUAUUCCCUAUGCACCCUAACCUUCGUGGCGCCGGCUUACUGCCCAGCCUCGAUAUGCCGCACCAUCUUCGCGCCAAUGAAUGGUGUCAUUACCGAGAGGGGAUCGUUGUGUCUAGCUCUGGCCGUGACGGGCAGCGAAGGAAUAGUACUCAGAUGAGCAACCAUCGUUACAACCGUCGUCGUUCUUCUAGUAGCCCUACUAAUUUUAGUGCUACCGUCGUCGAUACCGGCCUCUCUAAGAAGGUCGUUCUCCCCGACAUCCGGCUCCCCGAACAUGCCCGCGUAACUGUGCGAUUCUCCGAGCAUGGUCCAGAGCACUAUGCGGAGCCCGUACACCCUUCUACCCCCCGCUCUGAGGCCGGGUAUUAUUGGGGUUACUAUGUGCGCCGCUGCCGAUCUUUAUCGUCUGUGUUCACUGAAUGCCCGUUUGACGGCGGCUAUGACCUCUCCUUUGGCACGUCCGAGCGAGGCGCCCCGGUCUAUUCUGUUCUAGAAGAGGAUCGGCAAGAACAUGACCGUUAUGACUGGCGGAGAAGCCCCCCGGACUAUAAACAUCUCCUUAUCGUGUUCGGUGGCAUAGCAGGUAUCGAAUCUGCAAUUCGCAACGAUCCUCAACUCUGCGACAUGGACAUUAGCCCGACUGAAGCCGGGAAGCUUUUCGAUUAUUGGGUCAACCUCCUCCCUGGUCAAGGGAGCAGAACAAUCCGCACCGAAGAGGCCGUCUGGCUGGGCCUGACGAGCCUUCGUGGCUUGGUGGAAGGUAGCCAUCGACCGAGGCCAUCGUAUAAAUCGAACGGCCUUUAA